GCACUCGGACAGCAUCAGUUGCAACCGUACCCAUCCGAACCCCAGAAGCAGAAGCACUAGGAUCUCACUCUCUGUCGCGAAGAACAAAAUGCAGACCUCAAUCGUUAUCCUGCUUUUCGCCGGCCUGCUGGCAGUUGGCUAUGCAGCUCCCCGACCCGGCGCAGAAGAAAAGGAUGCUCAGGUGCUGAAGUACGACAACGACCACAACGGAAUCGAUGGGUACAACUUCCAGUUCGACACGAGCAAUGGCAUCCAGCGGCAGGAGCAGGCCCAGCUGAAGCAGUUUGACGAUGAGAACUCGGCCCUGGUGGUGCGUGGCUCGUACUCGUUCACGGCCGACGAUGGACAGGUGUACACGGUCAACUAUAUUGCCGAUGAGAACGGAUUCCAGCCCGAGGCGCCUCAUCUACCGAAGUAGACGUGGUCCCAGAAAAAGACUCUGUUUUUAUUUGUUGAUUAAAGGAUGUUGAUUACAUUUGCUUAAAA